AUGGCGACUGCUAACCAAGUGCUCAGUUCAACGAAUGAAAACGAAAAUUAUCAGCGUCUUUCUCGACUGAUUAUACGUGCGGGUACCGAGUUAUUUAGAGCACUGUUUGACUCCAUUUACCCACCAAGAAGUCUUGCUCUUGCCAACAAACUGAGUGAUUCUACUACCAGGAAAAAGUUGCGGGACAUUCUUCUCAACCCUCAACGUGAUCUUGUUUAUCCGGCAUCAGGAUUGUUCGGAGAAUCAAGAGACUUUGACAUCAGCCUCCUUUCUCAACUACUAAAAACUCUUUGUCCGACGCAACUACCUCCUCUGGGCAGCGGAUGGAAUAAUCCCCCAAGUAGAGGUGAUUUUAGCUUGACUGCAGACAUCGUCAGAAUUAAGUUUUACCGCAAUGAUAUUAUUCAUAAGUUUCACCGUGGAGAGUUGAGUGAUGCAGAAUUUUGUUCCCUCUGGGAUGAAAUCAAAAUAGUCCUUUUACGUAUAGCUUCCCAUAUCAGCGCAGAAACAAAAAUUGAAUGGGAAGAAGCAAUCGACAGGCUGCGGCAUGAUCCCUUAACCCCAGAGGCUGCAAGGAAUGUCGAGGAACUACAGGAAAUGUAUCAGAAGGACACAGACACAAAAGAAAGUCUUGCAUCAGGGUUCGCUCGACUGGAGAGGCAAAUUCAAAUUUCCUCUGAAGAAGGAAAGGAACGAUCUGAUAAAAUGGCGAAUGAAAUUAAACAGCUUCGUGAAGUGAUGAAAAAUCGGGCUGGCUCCUCAGCGGCAGAAGGAGGAGGUCAGUUUAUGGAAGAGAUUGUUUUACUUUAA